UGUGGGGUCACCGGCAGGGUAUCCUUGGCAACCUAACCCGCGAGGAGCGCUGAAGUCACCUCCACUUGUCACCUCCAAGGCCGAAGAAAGGAAGCGAGAGACCCUCGUGCCCCGGUGGCCGCCGCUGCCCAGCGGUCAGUUCCCGGGAGAGGCUGGGGCCCAGCAUGGCGGACGCGCGGCGCGGAGGCCUCCAGCACGAGCUGCUGGAGAGGAUGGCGCGGCUGCGGCGGCGCGGGGAGCCCGAGGCGGCGGUGCGGCGAGCGGCCCCUGGCGACGGCGGCACCUGCUCCGGCUGCUGGUUCUGGCAGCGGCUCUUCGGGCGGGGCGCGGCGCACGGCUCGCGAAGGAAGAAGGGCAGGCGCGGGCGGCCGGGCAAGGCGACGGCGGCGGCGGAGCGCGGCCUGCGGGCCCCCCGGAGCGUGCAGAGGCUGCUCCAGCGGCUGGCGGCCUGGAGGCGGCGCUACCUGCGGCGCGGCGAGCGGCCCGAGCGGCUGGAGGAGAUCCCGCUGCUGGUGCUGGGCCGCCGGGCAGCCGAGUAGGCCGCAGAGGGAGACGGCACGGCCCUGCCUGCCAGCCUAUCUGUCUGUCUGUCCCGCCGGUCGGCCGGUGAACCCAGGACAUUGGUUUUGUUUUUUAAACACAAGCAAGAAAUGAAAAUAAAUCCAAAACCAUGUCA